AUGCCAACUACUGAUAAGUCAAGACAAACAUCGGCGGGCAAAUCAUUUUUUGGGAGAAAACUACACAAAGAGAAGCCGGCGGAAGAUCGGUACGAUUCUCAUGGGAGUUGGGAGAGUCUUGCACCUCCAUCAAGUGCUGCCGGUUCCCGCUCAUCCAGAUACUCGAAGCGGUCCUCAGUGCAGUCCGUGGAUUUUGGCGACAUAGAUCCGUCCUAUCUCUCGACAUCAGCAGGCCCCAUUACUUCCAUACCUUUCGAGAGCCUCUCCACAGAUACCAAGACCCCUAUCUCUGUUGACUACCUUUCCAAAGCCGAAACGUCGCCUCGAAAAGAGCCGUCGCCCGGGCAUUUAGCGAAAGGCGUAGGCGACUUCCACCAAUACCCAGCGUGGGAUCCGGCCAACAUGCGCAAUAAUAAACAAUAUUCACAACCUACAGGCCCUCGGCCACCGCCACACGGUGUCGCGAUGAGCUCAAGCGCCACGGGGGAUAAGGGAGCCCGAUAUCAGCAGUGGGGGAGGCCUGGAAGCUCUGCUGGUAACGCAGGGUUCAGUCACCACUCGUCGUCGACGGUGGAUUCUUCAACUAACUCGCGCAUGUCUAUUGAUCAAGCGAGCGUCCAUUCGUCGCUUUCUUCAAAUACCCGGGGCUCAAGUUAUAUUUCAACGGACGGUUCUUCGCGCACGGUCGUGCCUUCGCCCUCAACCGAUCGAAAUAAUUACUAUGGCGCCGUGAAUUCUGGCCGUGGAUCCAGCACACAAGGCGCAAUUCCGCCUGCCCAACCUAGGCAGCAAAAUACGGAACAGUACCUCACCAGACCCAGGGACGAUCGUAUCGUGGACCAGCUAUUCCUUGAGCUAAUGCAGAAACGCGGUUGGCAAAACCUUCCUGAGCAGGCUAGGCGGCAAAUGAUGGCAUAUCCAGCAUCGAAGAAGUGGACGUUGGUUCACCAAGACCGACUGACGGAACUACAAGGGGAACAGAAGCGAAAACAGAAAGCUCGAGAGACACACGGUUAUGACGGUCCGUCUGGUAUCCUCGAACGAGCGGAUGAGGAGGGCAGUCCCGAGUGGUAUGUGAAGAAGGUGAUGGACGACACUAUCACCUCCAAACAACUAGCUAGUUUGAGUGUCAGUCUACGAACGCAACCGAUUAGCUGGGUGAAAGCUUUUGUCGAGGCGCAAGGUCAAAUCGCCCUGACCAAUGUACUCGUAAAAAUCAACCGCAAGAAAGUCACGGGCCCGGUUCCGGCACCUCCAUCUGGAGACAAAGAUUUGGACCGCGAGUACGAUAUCGUCAAGUGUCUGAAGGCGUUGAUGAACAACAAAUAUGGCGCGGACGAUGCCCUCGGUCAUCAGCAGAUCAUUGUGGCCCUCAUCAGCUCGUUACUUUCUCCCCGGCUGAAUACUAGGAAGCUCGUCAGCGAAGUCCUCACAUUCCUCUGCCACUGGGCUGAAGGGCAAGGUCACGAGAGAGUUCUGCAGGCGAUGGACCAUGUCAAAAACCACCAGGGCGAAACCGGUCGCUUUGACGCUUGGAUGCGCAUUGUCGAGGUUACCAUCGAUGGGCGUGGCAAGAUGGGCAGUUUGGUUGGUGCGAGCGAGGAGUAUCGCAGUGGUGGAAUCGGCAUGGAGAACCUUCUCAUGGAGUACGCAGUCUCUACAAUGAUACUCAUCAACAUGUUGGUUGAUGCACCGGAGAAUGAUUUGCAGUUAAGAUGCCAUAUCCGUGCGCAGUUCAUAUCUUGUGGCAUCAAACGACUUUUGUCGAAGAUGGAGGGCUUUCAAUACGAAGUUAUCGAUAAGCAGAUUGAGCAUUUCCGAGAGAAUGAGGCCAUCGACUAUGAAGAUCUCCUCCAACGGGAGAGUAGCAGUACGAAGGAUAGCAUCGAAGGUGAUGUAAAGGACAUGAACGACCCUCUUCAAAUCACGGACGCCAUCGCAACUCGUAUCAAUGGAACCAGAGCUCACGACUACUUUCUUUCAGCUCUGCAGCAUCUGCUUCUCAUCCGGGAAAAUUCUGGGGAGGAUGGUCUCAGGAUGUACCAGCUGGUGGAUGCCAUGCUUAGCUAUGUGGCUAUGGAUAGGAGAUUGCCGGAUCUUGACCUGCGGCAGGGGUUAACGUUUACUGUACAGAGUUUGUUGGAUCGACUCCAUACGGAUGCAGAGGCUAGACAGGCGUACGAUGAAUCCCUGGAAGCUCGCCAAAUAGCGGAAGCCGCAAUUGCUGAGCGAGAUGAGAUGAAAGCGCAGGUUGAACUGGGAGCGGAUGGUCUGGUCAAGAAGCUGCAAAAGCAGAUUGAGGAGCAGACUGGUAUCAUCGAGCUACAGAGCAGGCAAAACGAAAUGGUUAAGGCUGAGCUUGCGGACGUUCAGAGGCUCCGCGCCCAGGAGUUGCAGCGAAAUGAGUUGGAGACUCGAGAGCUGUACCUCAUGCUUAGAGACGCCCAAGAUAUCGCUGCAUCAAAUGCUAAGAAGUCCAACAUCGAAGAAACCGAGACUGAUCCUGCUCACAUGAGAGGUAUUCUAGACAGAGAGAGGCUGUUGGGACGACUGGAGAAACAGCUUGAAAGAACCAAAACACAGUUCAAGUUGGAGGGCAAGGUCUGGGGUCAGCACGGCCCUUCGGACCGACUGCGUGAGCUUCGUGAGCAAAUGGAUGGCGAUGCUGGGUUUAGUGAAGACUUCGAGGAACAAGCUCGUCUGAACCUCAGCCUCAACCCGGUGGGUUCUGUGUACCGGAAAAGAACGUACAUCCAGGGCAUGGAAGGUACCUCCACUGAGGAGCAAUGCCAGACUGAUGAUAAGGUCGUUUAUGCAACGGCCCGACUUGUGGAUCUCCACCGGCCGCGCAUGGAUCCAGAUCAAGCCACAGGCCUUCUUGGUGAAAUCGCCGCCAAGGUCCCGAAGAUUGAUGCCGACGAUGCAAAGAUUGAUUCUAAGCCGGCUGAACCUGGGCAGCCAGCAGAAGGGUUUGGUGGCCCUCCUCCGCCUCCACCUCCCCCAGGGGGCUUUGGCGGUCCUCCACCGCCGCCGCCGCCUCCUGGUGGUGCAUUUGGCGUACCCCCUCCACCCCCUCCACCAGGCACUGUCAUUGGUGGUUGGAGAGCAAAUUACUUGGCCUCCCAAGGUGCUCCAUCUCACGCUAUACCUGUCAUGUCCUCCAUCAGACCUAAGAAGAAGCUCAAGGCCCUUCACUGGGACAAAGUCGACACGCCGCAAGUUACAGUCUGGGCGACUCACGGCACGACUCCUCAGGAGAAAGAGGAGAAGUACGUUGAGCUGGCCAAAAGGGGAGUAUUGGAUGAAGUGGAACGGCUAUUCAUGGCAAAGGAGACCAGGAUUUUCGGUGGUGGCAGCGCAACCAAGCAACGCAAAGACAAGAAGCAAAUCAUAUCUAAUGACUUAUCGAAGAACUUCCAGAUCGCCCUGUCCAAGUUCUCUCAGUUUCCUGCUGAUGACGUUGUCCGAAGGAUUAUCCAUUGUGACACCGAAAUCCUGGACAACAUGGUUGUCAUGGAAUUCUUGCAGCGAGAUGAAAUGUGCACUAUACCGGAAAACGUGUCGAAACUCAUGGCGCCGUACAGCAAAGAUUGGACUGGACCUGAUGCUGCCAGCUCUCAACGAGAACAGGAUCCCGGUGAACUUACUCGCGAGGAUCAGAUUUACCUUUACACUGCCUUUGAACUGAAUCACUAUUGGAAGGCAAGAAUGCGCGCGCUUGCCUUGACUCGCUCCUUUGAACCAGACUAUGAGCAUAUUUCUGCGAAGCUUAGAGAGGUUGUGCGAGUGAGCGAAUCGUUAAGAGAUUCUGUCUCUCUAAUGAAUGUGCUUGGCCUGAUCCUGGAUAUCGGUAACUUCAUGAACGAUGCCAACAAGCAGGCCCAAGGUUUCAAGCUGAGCUCCCUGGCUCGUCUCGGAAUGGUCAAGGACGACAAGAACGAGACCACGUUUGCUGAUCUCGUUGAACGUAUUGUUCGAAACCAAUACCCAGAAUGGGAAGACUUUACCGAGCAAAUCAGCGGUGUUAUUGGCCUCCAGAAACUCAAUGUUGACCAGUUGCGGACCGAUGCGAAGAAGUACAUCGACAAUAUCAAAAAUGUACAGGCAAGCUUGGAUGCAGGCAAUCUUAGCGACCCGAAGAAGUUCCAUCCUCAGGACCGUGUCAGCCAAAUCACUCAGCGCAGUAUGAAAGAGGCCAGGCGGAAAGCGGAGCAGAUGCAGCUAUAUCUCGGAGAAAUGGUCAAGUCCUAUGAUGAUAUCAUGGUUUUCUAUGGUGAAGACAAUACGGAUGAUGGCGCUCGACGAGACUUCUUUGCGAAGUUGGCCACAUUCUUACAAGAGUGGAAGAAAUCCAAAGAGAAGAACAUCGCUCUGGAGGAAGUUAAACGACGUACUGAAGCGUCUCUGGCUCGCAAGCGGAUCAAUGCCGGUCUCGCGAAUGGUGUUGGGCCGGGAGGAGAUGCUCCAGUCUCCCCAGCCUCAAGUGGAGCCAUGGAUUCGCUGUUAGAAAAGCUACGUGCUGCCGCCCCUCAAGCCAAGGAUCAGCGUGACCGUCGUCGCCGUGCGAGAUUAAAGGAGCGGCACCAAGUUCGCGUUGCUUCUGGGCAGAAAAUCCCAGAUCUAGAAGGCGCCGAGGCCCCGGGUACUGCUGCAGACGGGGACAGCGGCACCGCUGACCCUAAUGCUUCCGAUUCCGGUCUUUUAAGUCCCCCUAUCCAGGGAUCUGAAGGGGACAUCGGCUCACCAAACGUCUCAGAAAGCGAAGACGUCGCGGACCGCGCAGCGAGCAUGCUACAAGGAUUAAGAGACAAUCCUGACCCGGAACGCACGCGGAGACGUAGAGAAAGUGCGGAAGAGGAACGAAGAAAGCGCCGGUUAAGAAGGCGCAACGGAGCCACCAGUGGAAGCAAGGAUAGUACUGAUACUAUGCCUCUAUCCCCCGUUACCGAACCGACUUCGACUGUGGGCGAGUCAGCGGAACCAGACAGCCUCGCUCUUUCCAGCCCUCCGAAUGGAGAAGAGCCGUCCUCGAAUCCUCCGACUAUCGUCCUGUCAUCGAAUGCUUCGGAAACUCCUGAUGAUGACCAUCGCCCCUCGCCAAGCUAG